CCAGGAAUCUUAGUAAAAGGGCACUGGCUACCGUAGACUGUCAUCUCUUACAUGGUACCUACACCAGACAGGAGCUGCCACAGGACUCCCUGGUAGAGACAUGAAGAGGUUCCUGGCUUUCCUGCUUGCUGUAGCACUUGGGCAUGCUCUAGAGAGAGGCCGAGAUUAUGAAAAGGAUAAAGUCUGCAAGGAAUUCGCCAACCUGGGAAAGGAUGACUUCACAUCUUUAUCACUAGUCCUAUAUAGCAGGAAAUUUCCCAGUGGGACAUUUGAACAAGUCAGCCAGCUUGUGGAGGAAGUUGUCUCCUUGACGGAAGCCUGCUGUGCAGAAGGGGCUGACCCGGACUGCUACGACUCCAGGACCUCAGCGCUGUCCGUCAAGUCCUGUGAAAGCGACUCCCCCUUCCCGGCUCACCCAGGCACUGCCGAGUGCUGCACCAAGGAGGGCCUGGAGAGGAAACUCUGCAUGGCGGCUCUCAAGCACCCGCCUCAGGAAUUUCCUACCUACGUGGAGCCAACCAAUGAGGAAAUCUGUGAGGCAUUCCGGAAAGAUCCAAAGGGAUUUGCUGCCCAAUUUCUGUAUGAAUAUUCCAGUAAUUAUGGACAAGCUCCUCUGCCACUUUUAGUCAGUUACACUAAGAGCUAUCUCUCCAUGGUGGGGUCCUGCUGUACCUCCGCAAGUCCAACUGUAUGCUUUCUGAAAGAGAGACUCCAGAGUAAACAUUUGUCACUUCUCACCACUCUGUCAAAUAGAGUCUGUUCACAAUAUGCUGCUUAUGGGAAGGAGAAAUCAAGGCUCAGCCAUCUCAUCAAAUUAGCCCAAAAAGUGCCUGCUGUUGAUCUGGAGGACAUUUUGCCACUAGCUGAAGAUGUUACCAACAUCCUCUCCAAAUGCUGCCAGUCUACCUCUGAGGACUGCAUGGCCAAGGAGCUGCCUGAAUAUACAAUAAAAAUCUGUGACAACUUAUCCACAAAGAAUUCGAAGUUUGGAGACUGUUGUCAAGAAAAAACACCCAUGGACAUUUUUAUGUGCACCUACUUCAUGCCAGCUGCCCAGCCACCUGAGCUGCCGGACGUCAAGUUGCCCACAAGUAAAGACGUGUGCAACCCAGGAAGUACCAAAGCCAUGGAUCAGUAUACAUUUGAACUAAGUAGAAGGACUCAAGUUCCAGAAGUAUUCCUCAGUAAAAUACUGGAGCCAACCCUGAAAAGCCUCGGCGAAUGCUGUGAUCUUAAAGAUCCUACUGCCUGUUUAAAAGCUAAGAGCCCUCUGCUGACGAAGGAACUAUCUUCUUUCAUUGGCAAAGGACAAGAACUAUGUGCAGAUUAUUCAGAAAACACAUUUACUGAGUACAAGAAAAAACUGGCAGAGCGACUAAGAGCAAAACUGCCCGACGCCACGCCCGCCGAGCUGGACGAUCUGGUUGAAAGGCGCUCAGACUUUGCUUCCAAGUGCUGUUCUAUCAACUCACCUCCCCUUUACUGUGACUCACAGAUUGAUGCUGAAAUGACAGAUGUCCUGCAGUCCUAAUGCAUGAGUGUUACCUUUGACUUAGAGCUGGAACCACGCUGAAUAGUGACCUCUAAUGGCCUAACCUAAGCAAAACCAUUGAGCUUCUGGGAGACAACUGGGAUACUCACUACUUUUUCCAGCUACAUCUUCAUAUAAUGAAUAAGUAUUAUGAUUUCCUAUUAAAAUAAAUUGAAAUAUAAUGCAAACCAUAA